AUAUGAAGAAAUUGACUUUGAAACUGGAAUCCUGGAGUCAAGGAGAGACCCAGUCCCUUUGGAAGAUGUUUACCCCAUCCAUAUGAUCUUGGACAAUAAGGACGGCAUACAGGGCUCAUGUCAAUAUUUUGAUAAAAGGAUAGAUGUUACUGAUCAGAUUAGGACAGAAUCUUUGCAGCCCCGUUGCACAGUAAUUGAAGCCUAUGAGAGAUGGGGGAAGAAACUGAUCAUUGUUGCUUCACAGGAUAUGCGUUACAGAGCCUUAAUAGGCUUGGAAGGAGAUCCUGAUUUAAAACUCCCAGACUUCUCCUACUGUAUUUUGGAGCGGUUAGGCCGAGCAAGAUGGCAGGGAGAACUUCAGAGGGACCUUCACAGCAGUGCUUUCAA